AUGGAUAAGGCAGUUAAGGAAGAUAACUGUGGAGGGGCGAGCGAUACGGAAGCUCAGAAUCACCUAGAGGUCGUGUUCUAUCCUGGCUCCAACCACCGCCGCAAGUCCUCCCUUGUUACGACGGACAAGCCGAGAGUCCAACACCACCCAGCCCAUGAUGACCAGGCGACCGCCUGCUACGUCCACUCCCUCAUUGCGAGUGAAUGGACCGCACCCCUACACCACCCGAAAGAUACAGACGAUACGGAAGAUGUGAUACAGACAUUGGACAAGGACGAGACUAAAGUCACGGCAAAUACCAAAGACAUCCAACCAGAUGAAUUAGUCUCGGUGGUCGAUGACAGCAACAAACCGAUACCCACAGUCAUUGAAUCCCGGCAUCUUACAAAGAGGCAACUAUCAGAUAUGGCUUGGAAUGUGCGCAAGCUAUCCAAGAAGCUGGGCAGCAUCAAGCUCAAGCUCACCGUGAAGAAUGUCUUCGUGGUAAGCAAAGCGCAGGAUGAGUCGCUGGUAAGCCUGACUCGAAAGGUUACAAGAUGGCUACUCUCUAAGGACCGGGAUUAUAUGUACGUGGUCUACGUUGAGCGUCGGCUCGAGACACAUGCGGACUUCGGUGCGUUGCAACUGAUACAAGACGAGCCCUCCGCCGAAGGCCGUCUCAAGUACUGGGAUACCAAGAUUGCGCAAGAACAACCACAUUUAUUCGAUUUUGUGAUUACUCUUGGCGGUGAUGGAACCGUUCUCUAUACCAGCUGGCUAUUCCAGCGGAUCGUGCCGCCCGUACUCUCCUUUGCGCUGGGCUCAUUGGGCUUCUUGACCAAUUUCGACUUUGCAGAUUAUCAGACGAGCCUCGAUAAUGCUUUCCGGGAUGGUGUUUUUGUCAGCCUGCGGCUACGGUUUGAAUGCACGAUCAUGCGCAGCAAAGCGCGGGAAAGAGACUCGCACCCACGCUCUUUAUCAGAGCGUGACUUGGUGGAGGAACUGAUCGGAGAGGAAGGGGAGGACACAUUAACACACACGCCACAUCAAGUGUAUGAGAUUCUCAACGAUGUAGUCCUAGACCGGGGGCCAAACCCAACCAUGUCUCAAAUCGAACUUUUCGGGGACGACGAGCAUUUCACCACCCUACUCGCUGACGGAAUCUGCAUUGCUACUCCAACCGGAUCAACUGCUUACAAUCUCGCUGCUGGCGGCUCUCUUUCGCACCCCGAGAACCCCGUCAUCCUUGUUACCGCCAUCUGCGCUCACACGCUGUCCUUCCGACCGAUUAUUCUACCAGAUACCAUUGUCUUGCGCAUGGGUGUGCCAUACGAUGCGCGCACGAGCUCAUGGGCUAGCUUUGAUGGACGAGAGAGAGUCGAGUUACUUCCUGGCGACUACGUCACCGUGUCAGCAUCGAGAUAUCCCUUUGCCAAUGUCUUGCCUCCCGGUGGGCAGGGCGAGGGCUGGGUGCACAGCAUCUCCAAGACUUUGAAUUGGAAUUCGCGAGAAAAGCAGAAGAGCUUCAAGUAG